AUGACAAUAGAAUCCGAAAUAAUUAAAGAGGUUUUAGUCAAAGUGGCUAAAAUUUGGGAUGAGCUAGGAAUUGAUCAAGCAUAUAGAAAAAAUCAAAUUGAUACAGCAUCAGAAAAAAUCAUAGAAAUUUAUAAUUCAUUAUUAAAAAAAGAAGAACAAUAUAAAGAGGAUAUAAUUAAAGAUAUUAUCUCUGGUUUAGAAUCAUUAUGUUCAAUGUCAACUGAAUUAGGUGAAACUGUUAAUGAUAAUCAUCAAACAUUAUCAUCAAUGACACUUUUUCAAAGAUUAGAAUAUAUUGAGAUUGAAAAAAGUAAAUUAAGAAAAAGAACAGAGGAUAGAAUGGCGAUAAUUGAAGAAUUGGAAGCUGGAAUUGACGAUUACUCAAAAGAAAUGGAAUUAAAAGAUUUACAUCAAAGUACUAUAGACGAAAGUGCAAUGCAAGGUAAUGAUUACUCUAUGGAUAAAAUAUCCUCACUUGGAAGAAAAUUAAAAAUUUUAAAAACUCAAAGAGAUGAAUUAUUUUUUGAAGUUCAAAAAAUAUCAAAUGAAAUUGUUCAAUUAUGGGAAGAAUUAAGAGUUUCACCAGAUACAGAAUUAGAGAAAUCAAUUUUAUUAAUGACUCAAUCUACAAUUGAUAAAGUAUCACCAAUACCACUUGGUCAAGCUACUCUAACAGCAUUGGAACAAAAGAGGUAUAGAUUAUAUAUUAUUAAAGCCGAACAUGAAGAAAUGGUUUGUAAAUAUGCUACUCAGAUCACUUUACUUUGGAAUAAAUUAGAAAUACCUACCGAUGAAAGAGAUUCUUUUUUUGCAAAAACUUCUGGUCUUGGUUUUGAUGUAAUUGAAGCUUGUAGAGAAGAAUUAGAAAGAGUUGAAGAAAUUAGAAAUAAUUGUUUAUCAGAUUUAAUUAAAAAAGUGGUUGAAAAGAUUCAAACAUUUUAUAAUCAUUUACAUUUACCAAUUGAAAAAUUAAAGAAAUUGGUUAUCGAUAAUAAUUUAGAUAUAAAUAAUGAUUCUGAAGAACUUUUAGAACUUUAUGAAUUGGAACUAACACGUGUUGGUAAACUUUAUGAAAUUUCAAAACCAUUACUUUUAUUAAUUGAAAAAAGAGAAACAAUUAGAAAUUAUAAAAUAGAAUAUGAACAAACUAUUUUAGGUGAUAAAGAACGUUUAUUAAGUAAAAAAUUCGAUCGUGCUAGAUUUGAAAAAGAAAAAGAAUUAAGUACAGCAUUUCAAAAAUUACCAGUUAUUGAAGAUAAUUUAAAGAAACAAUUAUUAAUUUGGGAUAAAACAUAUGGUCAACCAUUUACAUAUGAAGGUUUUAAUUAUUUAGAAGUUAUGCAACAACAAGCUGAUAAUGAGAAGAAAUUAAAAGAAACUGAAAAGUUAAGAAAAGAAAGAGAAAAACAAAAUAAAGUUGAUGAAAUGAAAUCAAAUGCUAUCAAUUGUAAUAAUGGUAAUAAUGUAAAUAUAAAUGGUAAUGGUAAUGGUGUUGGUGGUCCAAUAAAGAAAUCCACUUCAACUACCUUUAAUAAUAAUAAUAAUAUAAAUAGUAGUAAUAUUAGUAGUAAUAAUAAUAAUAAUAAUAAUAAUAAUGGACCAAAAACACCAACAUCAUCAAGAGUUUUUAAAAGUGUUCAAACACCUUCAACACCAAAAACACCAAAAUCAAAAUCAACACUUGAGAAUUUAACACAAUCACCAUAUUCAUCGGCACUUUCAACAAAAACAUUACUUAAGAAAAGAUCACCACUUUCACCACUUCCAAUUAAAUCUUUAACAAAUACACCAGGUACUAAUAGUAAUCGUUCAACUGCCGCUUCAAAAUUGUCACCAAAUAAUAAAAAAAAGAUUCAGUUCUCAUUAAAUACAAACUUAAAUAAUAAUAAUAAUAAUAAUAAUAAUAAUAAUAAUCAACAAAAUAUUGUUAAUAAUAAAUCCUCAACUACCGCUGCUGUAAAGAGACCAAUAUCAAGAAUUUCACCAACAAUUACUGAAAAUAAGCAACAACAAUUACAACACCAACAAUUACAACAUCAUUCUAAUGUCUCAAUGGUACCAAUAGUAUCACCAACUUCAUCAGUAUCAUCUCAAUCCUCUCGUUCAUCACAAACAUCCUCUCAUAGUAAUGGUAAUGGUUCAUAUAUUAUCCAUCAACCACCACAACAACAACAACAACAACAACAACAACAACAACAUAUGCACCCAAAUCCAACUUUAAACAAUGGUAUUUAUAAAAGUAAUAGCAAUGACUCAAUCAUGAUAAACAAUCAUCAAUAUAAUGAUGAUUUAAUUAUGGAUGAUACAAUGAUAUAA